AGGAUUCCUUGCUUCACCGUGUGCCCAUCUGCGGCUGUUUCAAACAUGGAGGAGAGGGAAAGAGAAAGUGUACCUACAGAAAGAAGUGAAACCGCAGAAGCCACCAGUUCGAGUUCACUAUCUGUGCCGGAGCGUGAACCUGAGGCAGGACGCAAAGAUCCGGACGAGGGCGCGGAGAAAAUAGAUGUCUGCUCAGACAAGUUUGACCCUGUCCUGGCCCUGUACUCUCCGACUGUACCGCUUCCUUUUCCAAAUGUCAAAUGUUUCAACAAUGUGUCGGCGUAUGAGAGCUUUUUAAAGGGGGGCCGGGGAAGAGCCAAGCCGGAGAAUGUGGAGAAAAAGCGUCAGAAGGCGAUGAAGGGGGUGGCGGACCCGGAGCGGAUCGCCAGGCUGAAGAAACUCAUGGUGAACAAUCCGGUGGAGGAGAGUGAGGAGGGGGAGAGCAGCAGCAACACACCGAGGAGGAGGAGAGGGCAGAAACCCCAGAAAAAUGUCCUGACGAGGAUGCCAUGUAGGUUUAGCUACUACUACACCUGCUACUACUACUACAAGUAUAACUAACUUCACCUCCUCAUAGGAGUACUGGUACUACUCGGGCAUGGAAAGUAGGGCUGGGAGAUAUGCUUUUCUCCCGAUUCGAUUCUUUCCCGAUACGAUUUUUUGGAUGCCAAUUCGAUUCGAAUUGCGAUUCUACAAUAAUGUUGAUUGUCUCAAUUUUUAGUUUGCAUUUUUAACACCAGUGAAACAGUUGAAUGAUUAUGAUUGUCUACUGACUAUCAGUAUCACGCCAUUUCCUUACAUUACUGUUGUUUUUGUGAACUUUUACCUUUUAAGAGAAGUUUUUCAAAUCAGUACCUUAAACUUUAUUGUCUAGUAAAAGGCUUGUAUUGUGCUACAUUUUGCACAGCAUCAGCGACUGAGAAACAAACAUCCUAAAACCAUAACACUUAUCCAUCAAAUGCAUGACAGCCAACUGAUGAGUGGGGUCUACACUGCACACCACUCUCCAAGUGAAUUUAUUUCAGUCAUAGCCAUUACUUUUAACAUAGACACAACAGGUCCAUGUAGGAUUUUUUAGUCAAGAUAUGUCAAGUUGAAAUUUUUCUGUUUUAAGAAACAAGAUUUGCUUGCUUCACGUGUGGCCAUUUCCAAUCAAUUAAAUCAAUGAAGUGAAGACCCCUCUUUGCACAGCUAGUCAUGACUUGAGUGUGUCUACAAAUUGCAAUAUUGACAUAAGAUGCAGAAAAAAAUGUGCUAACUUUAUCCAGGAUAGUCAAAAGGUCAUUCAUUACCUUUGCACACAGUAUUGUGAUUGGUUGUAUCAUAACUGCUUUGGAAAACUAAGUCUUUGGCUAAUGCAUGCACUUACCAGGUGGAUUAAAAAUGAACAAAUAAUAUAUUCAGAUACUGCAAGCAGCCUUGUCAGUGCAGCUGGUUGCAGGUUUUUUUCAUCUUAAAUGACAGCAUCUCAAAUCUACAACAGUGACUGACUUGAGUUGAGUAGAAAUUCUAAUAUAGUGUGUAGAAUAAUGCAGGUAGGUGUUGCCAUGUUCUGAAAUUUGUAGCAUAAGCUAAUGUAUUUACUAUUUCAGGAAUUAAUAAGAAAUGAAUCUAAAACAGGUAACAUGUAUGUCUAUUGGAGUGCUAAGUGCAUGGAUUACAGAUGUUAACACUUUAAUGUGGCAAGCUUUCAGCUCUUCAUGGCAGACCUGUAGAGCCAGAAGCUUAGCAUAUUACAGUUAAAACUGCACUAAGUGUGCAGACACCCUCUAACCUGCACUGGAAGGGAACAUAAAAUUGUUUUUAUCAAAUGCAAAAAACAACAAUGUGAUAUUGAACAUUUUUCAUGUUCAAGCAGUUUCGUUUUCACUGAAUUGUUUUUGUGCAUCAGGGUAAAUUUCCUGCAAGUGUAGACUCUACAGUUGGAUGUUAAACACGUUUGUGAUGUUUCCACAGUAUGUGCAGGCAGCCCACUGGGGGAGCUGUAUCGUUGUGUCCAGGAGAGGAUAAGAGUCAAAGUUCACAUCAGGACCUUCAAAGGACUGAGGGGAGUGUGCUCGGGCUUUGUUGUAGCUUUUGACAAGUUCUGGAACAUGGUGAGCUCCUCUAUAAACAUAAAGCCCCCUCCAGCUGACAUUUGCAGAAUCUGUAAUGUUUUCACAACAAACUGAACAUGUUACUGUGAUAAUAAUGAUACAUCAGUCUGUUUUUUUAUGUCUCUUUGCCAGGCAAUGGUAGAUGUAGAUGAGACAUACAGAGAGCCUCUGCUGGGUGAAGCGCUCUAUCAUGAGAAAGCCCUCACCAUAACACGGGUAAGCAACAUGUUUCACUGUAAAUCUGACUUUAAUAUGUCCUUUACUCAGGAAUAGAUGAAGUUACAAUCUGCAGCACAGGUGAUGUUUCUGGUUUUAUUGGGACUAGGUUUGUCCAGAUUGUGGCUGAUCUGGGCCUUUUUGAUGGAGUGGUGAUCAGCUGUUCAAGCCAAUCAAAUCACCGGAUCAUUUAUGUCAGCUGCUAUUGAGUAUUAUUUUUACAGAUUACAAAUAAGUGAGUUUCAAUGUAACAGAGAGUCCCAGGCUUGCCUACCUGUACUUUCAAAAGUAUCCUGUAAGCAGUAACUCUUGAGUCUCUCCAGCGAAGGAAGGUUAUUUAGGUCCUGCACAAGAAAAGCUGAUCUUAUUGGUAACAUUAGUUAAACUGUAGGCAGGUAGUGUAAGAAUGUUUAGUCUAAUGUGGCUAUUCUUUUGAAUAUUGACCAAAAACAGGGUUGAACUCGCUGAGAAUGAUGACUUCAAGGUUGAAGUUUAAUCCCCAAAUAUUAAUAUGACUGAAAUUUCUGUCCAGCUCUUUGAGAAGUUAAAGCUCCAGCAGAGCGUGGCAGUCGAAGAGUCAGCAAAGAAGCAGGAAGUUCAGGAAAAAAAGCCGACAAAAAUCAAAACUGUGUCUGCUCGAUGGGCCAGCUCAAAAGAGGACAGCAGGACUAAGUCCAAGCUUCCAGAUACUGAUACAACCAGAUUGGAUGAACAAAAUGUCUCAGUGAGGGCCCAGGGUUCAGAGGCCUGUCAGAAGAAGGAGUCCCAGAAGUAUGGGAAGGUCUGCACCCGACACGUCAACCAGCUCUUCAUCCGGGGCGAGAAUGUCAUCCUGGUCAAUCCACAGCCGCUCUGAUUUCUGUUUUCAGUUUGAUAUUUAUAAUGUAUAAUUGUAUCAACCACAUUCAAUGUAAAGUACUUCCUUUUUUCUCCUGUCAUCUGUAACAAAAGGUGUGAAACACUUAAAAUGAACUGACAGAGAUUUGAUUUAAUCAGGUUUGAAAGAAUCAAACGUACUGUUGUUAUAUCAUAUUGAUAUGGAGGUUUUUUUCAGCCCAUGAGAGAAAUUAUCUCAUUUUUGAAGAAUAAAAGCUUCUCAGAACUAA